GUACAACUUUAUUCUAACAGAAAACAAAAAAAAAUGUUUAAGAGAUUAUGAUUAUUUAAGGAAGUCGAAACAUUCAAAUGAUCAAGUUACCGACUCUUGUCAAGUUGUCAUUACUCAUUUCUCAUCUUCUGUUUUUGCUGUCCUAAAAUGGCAAAUUCUUUUAGUAGCAUUUGUCACUGAAAAGAAGUUUAAAAGACAAUUUUCAGCCAUUUUACAAUUUGAAACUCCAUUUCACCAAAAAAAGGAACAAUUUCAAGCUUCAUCAUUCUUUCAUCUCUUUUUAACUUUCUUGAAUCAUUGUCCAAAAAGUUCCUUCUAAAUUUAGUAGGAGUAUAUGAAACUGGUAAUUUCAACAUAGUUGUAGCUAUAGAAUCUAUAAUAAUUUGGCAUGUAUGAUCCUUACUUUACCCGACAAGUUAGAAGACCGCCUUCUAUGGCUGAUUUUUCUACUCAAUCAGGAAAUGAUCAAUACCAAAUUGCUGUGGAGGAGCUGAAUUUUGCCAAUACAUAUAUGUCAAACUCGCCGAUUUUUGCAACUAGAGACAAUGUUGCUAAGAAUUCCAUGUACAGGACAGGAUUAUGUAGGGACUUUUGGUUUAAAGGUAAAUGCAACUAUGGGGAUACAUGCAUAUAUGCUCAUAGAUUAGAAGAUUUGAGUAACUCAAGAAUCAUGAAUAAGAACAGUACUAUUAGGAAGAUGUGCAAAUAUUUCUGGGGGGAUUGCCCAUAUGGUGUAAAUUGUAUCUUUAUGCAUAAGCCAUUGGAGACGUAUGAAGGACGACAGAGAGACUUAUCUAGGGAGACGUCUGUUGUGAGCAAUUUUCCGCCAGUUGGUGUUGCUUCAAGAAUUAAAACAAGGCCGUGUCACAGUUGGAUGAGGAAUAAGAGCUGUAGAUAUGGUCCGAAUUGUCGUUAUGCUCAUGGAGAAGCUGAGUUAAGAAGAUCCGCGCCAGUCCUUGCUUCAAAAUCUGGUAAUGCAUGGAUUGCUCCUCCAAUGGCCUUGGUCAAACACAUCUCACUUAAGGAGACUCGGAAACCAACUGCUGCGGAGCAGAAACUGUCGCCAAGAGUGUGCUUAUUCAAAUGGAAAAAGAACAAGAAGAUUGUUGGCAUCUAUGCUGACUGGAUCGAUGAGGAAUCACUUAUGCCCUGGUUGGCUAGUGAGUCAUGAUGAUACAAUCAGCAUUUGCGGUAAUUUGUCGGUACUUGUAGAAGCAGCAACUAAGCGGAGUUUUGAAGUACAGUCACCAGAGAGCAGAAGCACAAGACUAUAUCAGCUCUUUAGGAGCAGAUUGAUUUUUUUAAACUUGCAACUUUUGGGGUUCAUUAGAUUCCAUUCAAGUUUUUGUUAGCUUGAUACCACUUGAAUGGUGUAGAACUGUAGACGUUAAGAGUAGAUAGUAGAUACUAGAUUAGACAUACAAAGCACAUUAAACGCACAUACCAUUUUUGUAUCCUCUCAUUACAAGGAAAAUCUGACAAGAUUUCUGGUUCCAUCUGUUGUUCAUUUACAUUGCGGUCUCUGCAACUUCCAGUGGUGGUACACUGGUACUCUGGACUGUUUAUGGCAUCAAUGAAUGUAUCGAGGUCAUUUCAGGAAAU